AUGACCACCCUCAACGGAGCCCUUGUGGACUCAAAAUUCCUUGACGAAGGAAACAACAUUGACAUUUUGACUCUUCAAAUGGGUAACCACCCGAAGCUUGUUCGGGUUUUUGUACGCGAGGAUCGACAUGUUAGUCCAAACCGGCUCCGUCUCCGGGCCAUGCCCCACCCCAAUUGGCAGACCUGGUCCGUGCAACGCGGAGGUCAAUUUUGGCAUGCAACAUUUGUCACACCUGCACCCUUUCUACACCCCACUGCUUCUCUGGCCGACAUUUACUUGGAAGCUUUGGACGUGUUGCACUACCCAGUCUCAGACGCCACGCGACUGCAGAUUAACAACUUGGGCGACAACCAAAUCCUCGAUCUGCCUUUUGAGGGUGACGCGGUUUUCCACGACGACUACAGCUGGUUCUCAACGGUCUACAAGCCGAAUGCUAAAAGAACCUACGUAUACGACCCUGACGAGGACAACGACGACUUAGACAAAUCAGACCGGGGAAGCUCCGGUUUCGAAGGGGAUAAGAAAAACACCAAUCAAGGCGACGAUACCAAGAAUAUUCCGGAGGACGAGGCCGACAAGGACGAAAGCUGUCGAAGCAAGGACGAACAGGGCAGCAAAGGCGACAAGCAUAGCAGCGAACAACGCGACCAUCGCAACAUUCAUUCUUGCGACGAUACCAGCACCACUGUUGCUGAAUCUUCCGACGGAAGCCACAGCUCCGACGACCCCUUCUACCUCGACCGUCGUUACGCGAACAUCAUGCCUCCCUCCGGCCCCAAGGCCCAGCACGCUGUGGCCACUAACAGCUCGACCCCAGCGCCUACUACCGAGCCACAGGCUCCCAAGGGACCUCACCCUGGCCACAUUCAAGUCGCAUGCCAGUACACCAGCGAACAGCGCUUGCGUCGCAUGCUCCGUGAUAACAAAAGCGAUCCGGCUAGAGAAGAUAGCUACCGUCUGCAGGGUGUGCAGCUGAUCGACAAUGUCCGCAACGUACUUCAUGUCCCGGUUAAGACGUUUGAUACCGCAUGUGUCUAUUACCACUGGUUUCGCCUCUCAUUCCGUGACGCCGAGUACAACUACCAAGAUGCCGCCAUGGCCUCGCUGUUCCUCGCCUGCAAGGUGGAGGACACCAUCAAAAAGUCGAAGGAGAUUUUGUGUGCCGCAUAUAACAUCAAGAAUCCCGAUCACCCGACGACACAGGAUGACAAGAUGUUUGAGCAGCCGUCCAAGAUUAUUAUUGGCCUUGAGCGCCUGAUUCUCGAGACUGUUGGCUUUGACUUUCGCUGCCGUUAUCCUCAAUCUGCUUUGCUGAAGGCCACCAAGAGGAUCAUGGGUGACGAUGCCAAGGACCUGUUUGCUACGGCCAUGGACAUGAGCAUCGAUUUGUACAAGACCUUUGCUCCCAUCAAGCAGCCGACUUUUGCAAUGGCCCUCGGUCUGCUCGAACUGUCCUCCCGUCUCACCGGUACUGGCGUUGAAAAGAUUGAGAAGGUCAAUCUGCUUGACUAUCAUACAACUCGCCAGAGCGUCGUUGAGACGAUGCUUGACCUCCUGGACCUUUACACCCAGCACCUCAAGUCUACUAAGCUUGGCAACCGGUUCGAUCUAAACAAGUUCAUCGAGGUUAAGAUCAUCAUUAACAAUGAGGUCGACAAUGACCCUAAGCUUAUGCGUCACGCUCACUGGUGCAACAACUGUGAUGGUGGUGAGGAUGAGAACCUAUCCAACGGCACGUCGGUUCUCAAGAACAUCAGCUUCUUUGGUAGCAACUCCGCCAAACGCAAUGGCCGCAGCCAAGAAGGAACGAUGCGCUUUGUGUUUGAUCCUGAGCAAGCUCGAUGCGAGCGACGUGAGGUUGAGUCGUACUACAAGGAUGAGUACGAGGAGUACGAGGUUGAGGUGGAGGUGCCUCUUGAGCCGGAGCGACAGAAUCACCACCACCACAACAAUAACAACAAUAACCACCGUGAUAACAAGCGACAUGACGGUGGUGGCUGGGGCGGCGGUCGUCGCAACCACCACCAUGAUCGUCGCAAGGGUGGUGGCCAUCGCGGCUACUACUAA